UUGUGCCUAGAGCUCAUCUUAAAAAAAUCAAAAUAGAAUAAAAUCACUCAGGAAAAAAAGAGAACCCCCUUUGUUCCUCCUCCGUCGCAAUACCCGCAAAAUGCCUCCGAGUUUGCCAAGGAUGCCGCCCCGAGCCGUCGCCGCGCAUUGACGACCGUUGCAGGAGUCGGAGAACGUUACCAUCAGGUGAAUGACAGGAACGGAAGCGGGGCGCGAGAGUUGCUGAAGUCUCUGAGCUAUUGCUAACUCGCGUAACACCGUUACACGCAGAGUGUAUCCGUGGAUCAUCUCAAAAGACAACGAGAGGGAGACUCAGAGCCUAGAACAGACAGCCGACAGACAACCCAGCUCCAUGUGACGUCAAUUUGGUUUGUUCAAAUUGGCCUGACAGACUGCGGACCCCCUCCCUCCCGCGUUGCUUGAGUCGCGGACGGUUGCCAAUGACGCCAUUGCCUUCCGCGAUAACUGCUGACCCUCAAUCUCGCGGACCCGAGGUAGAAAAACCCGCAAUCUUCCGUAUCGGCGGAACCGACCCGGGAGAGGACGCAACGUCGUACCAUCGUCGGAGGGUAGGUAGCAUGGUGAUACACGGCCGUGGGACCCGGGGACUGAGGCUCCCUCAGCAGCAGGAAGAGGAGGAGUCGCUCUAGCUAGAGCCCAGCCUGGUAGAUUGAGCUGGUUUGCUGGCGAGAUGAACUUGGCAGAAACCCCAUGAUCGGCAUCCGGCCGAGAUGUCGUGUGUCGAGGCAGUUUGAUUCGAGUCGGCCCUUUGACUCAGGGACUGUCGUCAUACCUGGGCUUGACUGAAUCGUGAACACGUUCCGGGUUGCACAUCCCGGACGUGAGGCGACCUUCGAACACAGCGCGGACCGGAGAUGCACUACAGCUUGCCACCUGACCGACCGACCGACCGACUGCCAAUUUGACGUUGCAGGAACACCCGCCGUCAACGUGAGAACGGCUCCCUUGCCUGCCGAGAUGAAGAAACGCAAGGCUCUCCUGGCCGGCUGAAUGGGUUGCGACCCCGACCUCGCCGCACGGUAUACGCAACACAGAGAAUGUAAGGCAUGCAAAUUCAUUCACCCUCAUCCAUCGCUCACCUCUUUGGCAAUCGGAGUGGUGGCCAACAACCAGUACAGCCACGCAAUGAAACGAGCAAGGCGAGAGCUGGAGACGGCGGCCCGAGCGCCAGAUCAGACGAGCUGCAUUCCCUACGCUUCUCGCGCCAGCUGCUUUAAAAACAGGAGCCCCCCCCUUCUCUCUCACCCUCGACCGCUGCAAGCUCCGCCCCCCACUCGGAGCCGGCAGAAGCCCUGCUUUUGCAAGCGUCUCCCGGUGCAGGGCACAACCGCAUUCGACGCAUGCUGGCACAAACCCGAAUCGAUUCGCUUGAAGGUGUCUUUGUGUGACACACGACGGACAGCCCUACCUCACGUUCAGGGACUCAGCUGUGCCGUGCUUGACGCCGAGGGUUGUGACCACACAGCGCCAUGUGUGCGUGUGCACAAUCCUCUUGUGUACCCAAAUGUACGUAGCGAAUUUUCCAGAAGCAUUUGGCUCGCCUUCCGAGCGGCGGUUGGGCAUGGGUUCGCAUACCGCUCCCACGUGGAUGAUCGCGGGUCUGCUUUCCCAAGUGGAGAUUUCAUGCGCCUUAGUCCAUGGUUCAUCGUGUCAGUGAGGCCAGUGAGGAGCAAGAGGCUGCUGCAAGCACAGCUUAUGUGUGCCUCUGUCAGAGUAGCGGCGGCCGCGCGGGGGCGGCGUCUUUCUCGGGAAGAAAACGACAGGCUGGCGAACUUUUGA